AGGUACAUUGCUUGUUCAGAGUGAAGUGUCAAGUACCUCGUUACCGGCGGAGAGUGCGCACCCUUCUGCACCAAGCAGCCCACAAUCAAGCAUGCUUCUACUGCAGACACAGACACCAUUCGGAACGAGUAGUUUUGCCGAUUUGCUGAAUGCGCCAUUUUCGGAAGAGUCGAGCUCCAUCAUCCCUCCAGAGGAUCUCAACCCUUUCGCGGACGUUGCUUUGCAUUCGCAACCCCCUUCUCCUCUACCACUACCUAGUUUCCAAGAAACCUACUCAAUUCGUUACCAGCCCACCCCUCAGCCUGUGCCGUCGACACAACAGCCGCCACAAAAGAUGGAAGAAGAAUGCUUCAACGUAACAGCUGCUCCUACAACCGCCUAUCAUUCCCCCCACCACGAGUACCACAGUCAAUUCCAUCAGCCGCUGCCAGGGGCGGUAUAUGCAGGGGGCGGCGCCACAGGCGGAGAGGGUGGAGCCAGCCCUUACUAUCCACCUCCGCCCACAUGUGCCAGUGCUAGUGGCUUCGACCCCUUGAUUGGACACGAGACGUACUCGUUGCCGGCGUCGUAUCAAGCGGUGACAACAGAACUGCACAUCAAUACUCAGUUAGGGCCAAAACAGAGAAGAGCUUCAUUGCCAUUACAGAGAUCAGAGUCCACAAGUAGCAGCGAAAGUCCCAAGCUCCGUAUGCCCACAUCAAUUAUUCCCGCCCUCCCUGCGGCGUCCGCCUCUUCCUCAGCAGCCAGCAGUCCUGGAGGGGGGUGCGAUGUCGCUCUCAAAAGUGGCCCCACCCCCUCAUCGCCUUCUCAACUGUGUGCCGUUUGCGGAGAUACGGCAGCAUGCCAGCAUUACGGGGUGCGCACAUGUGAGGGGUGCAAGGGGUUCUUCAAGCGUACCGUCCAAAAAGGUUCCAAGUACGUCUGCCUUGCCGAUAAAGCCUGUCCGGUAGACAAACGUCGACGGAAUCGUUGCCAGUUCUGCCGAUUCCAGAAGUGUCUUGCAGUUGGCAUGGUGAAGGAAGUGGUGCGGACAGAUUCUCUAAAAGGCAGAAGAGGCAGAUUACCCUCAAAGCCUAAAUCUCCACAGGAAUCGCCCCCUAGCCCUCCAGUAUCCCUCAUCACGGCCUUAGUAAGAGCACACGUAGACACUACACCCGACCUGGCCAAUUUGGAUUACUCGCAGUAUGUGGAGCCCAGUCCAAUUGAACCGAUUAUAUCCGAAGCGGAGAAAAUACAGCAGUUCUAUACGCUGCUCACCACAUCAGUGGAUGUUAUCAGAAAUUUCGCGGACAAAAUUCCAGGAUUCCAAGAGAUAUGCCUUGAAGAUAGAGAAUUGCUAUUCCAGUCCGCCUCCUUGGAGCUGUUCGUCCUUCGACUUGCUUAUCGCACCCAUCCCAGUGAUACGAAGUUGACUUUCUGUAACGGUGUAGUAUUGGACCUGCAGCAGUGCCAAAGAUCAUUCGGAGACUGGCUGCAUGGAAUCAUAGAAUUCUGCGCCGGUCUUCAUUCCAUGGAAAUUGAUAUUUCUGCAUUUGCGUGUCUGUGCGCCCUCACUUUGAUUACGGAACGUCAUGGCUUGAAGGAACCCCACAAAGUAGAACAGCUGCAGAUGAAGAUAAUAUCUUCUCUGCGUGACCACGUUACCUACAAUGCGGAAGCCCAACGGAAAGCACACUACUUUAGUCGUCUGUUAGGAAAGCUGCCAGAACUCCGAUCUCUGAGCGUCCAGGGCUUGCAGCGGAUUUUCUACUUGAAGUUGGAAGACUUGGUCCCGGCGCCGCCGCUCAUAGAAAGAAUGUUUGUUGCUAGUUUACCCUUCUAAAUAAUCCUAAACUAAACUAAUUGUAACAAAAAUCUAACGUCCGGUCAAAUUCUAAGUUGAAGUUUGGAGUGUGAGUGUGUGAUUGUUGCAAUUGAUGGUGCCCUUUAUUGAACCAAGGUAACUAGAAUUUCAGAAAAAAAUCUAGUAGACGGAUUUUACAACAUAAAUAAAUUCUUGGGGUUAAAUGACUACAAUUUUGCUAGACAACUUUUUUAGUAACCGUCAAAGUUGAGAAAAUAACCUUUAACCAUAUAUUCUAAGGUGUUGGUGAAACUGUGUCACGUGCCAAAAUCACGUAACCUUUUUUUUACUAUGUUGAUCACUUAUCAGUAAUUUGAAUUUCUCUUUAUUAAUGCUAGAGUGCCAAUUUAUAGGACCUAAACCCUUUUUAAUGAUUUUCUUUUGGCAUAUUUCAGAAUUUAUUGAUUGUAUAAUUUUACACACAAUAUAUCUUUCUUUCUCAGCAAUUCAGUAUUGUGUUGCAAUCUUUUUGACACUAAUGUUAUAGUAUUACUAACAACUAUCUCAGAAAUGUAUCCUCUGUUCUAAAGUAAAUAAAGUUAUGGCAGCUCAAAAAUCCAUAUCAUGAUCAUUGCAAUGUAGUGUCCAAUAGAAGGAGACAUGUAGGCACUGCUCCAUAUUUGAAUACGUAAUAUGCUAAACAAAAUCAAGAACACUCUAAGAAUUUCAAUUAGCAAUAAUCAAUAUAUAAAUACCUAUAAAAUGCCCAAUUGAAAUGAUAUUUUACCUGUUCAGAUCAGGGUUUAUUGUCAAGGGGAAGGGGUGGCCUCUAGCAAAGUCGGCUGCGGCACAGCUCCAAGGCAGCUACAAAACAAAGCUGAAGGAGUGUGAAUGGUGGUUCUCAGCAAUGCUUACCCACUAAAAGGAAGCAGAGAUUGAACAAAGUUCUUCAGGGCAUGCAUUAAUGGACGUGGUCCGAUGGUAUACAAAAGACAACUUACCGCUGCAGGUUAAAAUCCCAUCAGAAAAUGGACGGGGUAGCACCCAAACCAAAACAACUAAACGUAAGGUACCAAAUAAAAGAUGCUACUCCAUGAUCUGGUGUUUGCGGGUCUAAAUCCCAGAAUCUAGAAGCUAACGAAGCAACCCACCCACAACCAAACUUCAGCAGAAAGAAAAGAAAAAUGGCGCUGGAGGCGUCGGUACACGCAAGUUUUUAAAACAAAGUAUCUUGAUAAGACCAAGUAUCCCUAUAUGGCUAGUACGUAAAGAAAUCACAAGGUGGCGCUGGUCGCCAAUGAGCGAAACCAACUCUACGAGGGACCAACGAUAUUUCUUGGGGCAAUUUCUGAGUUAGUCGUUAGUAAUACCAUAACAUUAGUGUCCAAAAGAUUUCAACACAAUACUGAAUCGCCGAGAAAGGAAGAUAUAUUACAUGUGAAAUUAUACAAUCAAUAAACUAUGAAAUUUGACAAAAGAAAAUCAUUAAAAAGGGUUUGUCCUAGAAAUCGGUACUCUACCAUUAAUAAAGAGAAAUUCAAACUACUGAUAAGUGAUCAACAUGGUAAAAAAAGGUUACGUAACAACUGCUUUUGAGGGAAGUUGUAGAGCAUGUAACCACCUUCAAAUGAGAACUCACAUGUUUAAUUUGCUGUAGCGGUUAAUCCUUUUAUUCCAAAAAUUUUCUUCAAUUUUCAAAUUUAUUUUUUGGUAUACAAUAUUGAAAUGAUCACUCAAUGUGAUCAAGUCAUUUCAUUAGUUUAUUUUGCAGGGCUCCCGAUGUCCUAGAUAACAAAUAUCCAAGUACAUAUAGCAAUUAUAAUAAUGAAUGCAAAUAUUUUUUUAUAAACUCGGGACACGACUAAUUCUUUUACGUGAACUGAUUCUGGAUUUUUUAUUUUUAGAUAUUUUGAUAAAUAUCGGAAUCUAAAGAUUAACUUAUCUGUUGUCACUUUAUAAGACUGAUAAGAUGGCAUUUAUACAUGUUAAGCUUUAUUAGGACGAUGAAGUUUCUAAAUACGGCCUUUUCUUGAGUUAUAUGAUAUAAUACUUAUAUAACACUAAAAACAGUUUAAAUACCUUUUUGGCACAUUCUAUAGUCUUGAAUAAUAGAUUAAUACCAAAGUGAAACUAUAUAUUUCUUUUUUGAAUCACUGCAAAUCAGAGAAAGAUCUAUCUUUCAAUUAGAAAUCGUGUAAGAAGUGGGAGUCCCAAAGCAACAAUUCAUCUAUACGACGACAGGUAUUGCCAGUCAAAGGCGCCGUUAGGAAAAAUUACACUGUGAAACCACACCUACAAGUAUCUGAUAAAGUUCCACAAUAAAGACACAUAUAUUAUAACUAAAAUAGGCGGCAUUACUAUAUUGCCCGAACUGCACAUGCGUACAGAUCUCAACUUUGAUGCGCAAAAAUUAAUUUUCGUAAAAGCAUUACUUGGAACAUAAGCUAUCGACAAACAUCACAACACUUUGGGCAAACUCACCUUUCAAUCUGAUAUAGAUUUUACCGGACAUCUAACUACUAGAAAUCGUGAUAAAACAUGUUCGAUGUGAUUUUUGUUAGUAUUUAAAUAUAAAAACAUUAUAUUUUAAAUUUAGCACAAUUUAAGCAUAAUCUAGAAUGAUUGUGUUAAUGGUUUUUCUGAUGUACAUACAGGGGCUCCAACGAAGGUGAAAAGUAUAGGACUAUGGGAAAACUAUUGAAAUUAAUAGAGUAUUGGGUAGUCACUUUACGAAACUUUGACCUUAUCCAUGUUUAAAAUGUAUCACACUAUCAAAAUACGUGACUUAAGUCAAAUAACGUUAACGUUAACAAUUAGAAUUGCCUUAAAUUAAUUACAUACAGGGUACGCGGUUGCCACUCCAAAAUAAGAUCAAUAAAUGAUACGGGACUUUAAGAUUUUGCUGUUAAAGUAAAAACUGCAGACUUUCUUGAAUUGAAAGCUAGAUUGAGAGGUUAUUAGGAAGGAACCAGGUCGCUACUAAAACCCCAAUCCCACUUUCUUGUUAUAAAAACCUCUGUCCAAAGUAACAAAAUAUAUGGCGUUCGAAAAACGUAUGUUUGUUAUGUCACGAAGUUUUCAGUAAUCUAUAAACGUAUCUAUAACAUAUGCAGUGAAAACCGUUUUUGAAUGUCUUGUGUCAUUUUCUUACUUUCCAUUUUCGUUGAGACAUUCUGUGUAUGUAUUCUACUAUUAAAUGUUCAUUAGCAAUCCUUUACUCGAGAGAAAAUAAGUGCUAUUUUUAACGUUUUUCAUAGGAAGGUAGCAACUGCAAAUCCACAUAUUCUGGUAGUAAAUUUUGAAUACGAUGCAACAACAACAAGUUGCAUGUCCAAAAAUCUAGCAAUUUUCAAAGUAGGUUGGCUCUGAUCUAUUCUAAUCCUUUUUCCGUAUAUGUGCAUGCUUAUUUUUUUCGAGAUUUCCACAAAUUGUUAAGCCCCAGAAUCUUCUACUACGCUUCAAGUGAUCAGAACUCUGGGUUGUAGAGUUAUAUUAUUUCUGAAUGAAAACAUUGCACCGGCGGAACAAAAACAAAGGAAUAUUGAAUCUCCCAAACUUUUUUUUCUUACGAACGUACAUUUACUAAGCAGUAAGAAACGUGAAUUUGGAGAGACCGAUAAUUUUCGAACAGUUUAGACCUCUAUGCAAAUUUAAAGUUACAUGGAAACUAGCAAAAAGGUAUGUCUUGUUGUAUCUCGGAAAAAGAAAGAAUUGGAUGAUUGAACAAGGAGUUUGUAUCAAUAUCAUAUACAUACAAGUACACUUUACAAUCUACUACAUGAGCAGCUCAUGUAUUUUUAAAAUGAUGCACAUCAAAUGCUUUUCAAUAGGUAUUAACGUCUGAAGAAUUCAAAUCAUGAUCAUUAAUUUGCGGUUGCUAUCGGAACUGAAUGCGAAAUCGCUUAUUUCAAACGCACAAGGAAGGUGAUAUCUUCUAUAGAUGCCAGAUAAGUUGAUUAAAGAUGAUUGGUAGAGGAAAGUGCCCAAAACCGGAACCACAUUUUGUUACUGAUUUGAAAAAAAUGAAAAAUACCGUAAUUUCCACAAACCUUACUACCACUGAUUUAAGACCUCGGUAGAAAAACCGGACCCCUAGUAAAAAUCAGUCAGCCAAAAUUUUAUUCAUAAUCAAGGAUACAUAAUCUACUAAACAGUCACUUAAUAAAAAGAAUCAUACGAGAACUUUGUCCUAGUCCCUGCAUUCUUCCAUCCCAUCUUCCUAUACCGAAAGUCGGUAUUGGUAGGGGUCCGGUUGCGCAACUAAAACUGAAAACUUGUGUAUGGAAUAAAAUGUCAAUCGAUCAUCUAAGUGAACUAAUUUUUUACCUAGGCUAAUAUUUUCACUGACGGAGUAUCAGAUAAUGCCGAGCCAAUGAGAUCGGGGGUUCUCUUUAGGAGGGGAGUGCGGAUUAUGACACUUUCCUCUAUACUAUCGUUAGGCUAACAGAAGUCAAUCACCAACAAUUACGCACUAUAAUACUUUAUUCCUAAUUUCGAUCUCAGAGGUUACGCUUAACGAUGUCUGCACCCAAUGUUACCAUAAUUUGUUCUCGAUUAGGUAUGAAACUGCUACUAUUAUCCAGUAAGUGAGCUAAAAUAGUAUAAAAGUGUGACUCAAAUUGCAGCCAAGAAAUGAUACCCUUGCCAAUAGUAAUAAGUGAUAUAUACCAUCGCGCAAUCGCAGUCCAUUUUGAGAUAUACUUAUGCUCUAGAUCCAGAGGAUAUUGACUUUUAGGUGUGUUUAUCCCGAUACCUAUAUCGGGGAGUGUUAUCUUGACGGAGUAUAUUACACGUAAGGGGAAAAAUAAUAAUACGGAUUUUUUACAAUUUAUUUUACUAUAUAUAUACUACUUGUCUCCUAUCUAAUUCCAUAGAUUACGUGAGUAUUUCUUACAGGGUUAAUACGAAAUGCUGAAAACACCGUCGGUCACGAUGUGACAUUUUUAUUUAUUUCCAAAAAAACUCUUACUCAACGCAUAAUUUUUCUGAAAAUUGAAAUAAUGAUUGUUGGUAAUUUUUUUGCAUUCAACAUAGAUUUCUGCUCUGUUCAGCUGAGGAACAACUUACAUAUGUUAUUAUGUAAGUACAGUGCAUCCAAUAUAAUGAUAGACACAAAAAGAAAGAAUAAGUAGUACCUACACUUAUAUGAUUCCUUUUCAGAAGUCAUUCAAAUCUAAGCUUCUGUUAAUAACCUCUGAAUAAUUUUCUCUAAUAUUGUAUUUCUUCUUACACAUCUGCAAGAGAAUCCUAUGGUGUCCAACUUGAACGAGACGAUAAAAUCCUCACAGUAAAAUUCAAAAUAUGUAUCAAACAUAAGGUAUGCUGCAAAUAAUUCACAAUGUUGCGUAUAUUUAUUUCCCUGGGCACUGUAACCUGCAGCUCUGCUGGGGAUCUUUAUCGAUGUAUUUUUACAUUCUUGGACGAUACAAUGACGGUAAUUACUAUACUUACAAGUGGUACGACAUUAGAAUAACUAACAGAACGAAUAUUAACGAUUCAAGACCUACUUAAAAACAGUGUCAACUAGCCAAUUGUGUUGUGUUUAAGGCAAUGAAAUAAUCUUAGGGUGAUUGUUCAUUUUAUAUUAAGAAAUACAUCUUGUGUGACGAAAGAUCGACAAAGAAUAGUUUUCAAAAAGGAGAGUGCCCAAAAUGUUCCCAGAAAAUGCUUUCCAUCAAGUAUCUUGAGAAUUAAGGAGGGCUCGCCAAUGACUAAUACUCCUCAUUUUGGAUUUCUUUCAAGUAUGCCACAGGUCAUUUAUGAAUUUGAGAGUUGCAUGUGAUAGAACAGCGUCAGAAACAUUGUGUGCUUCUUGCACGUUUACGUGUCUAGGUUGUCUUUUAACAAAAAAAAGACGGAACUGUUUUCGGAAAAUGAGCACAGGGGUUAUGAGAGACAUAAAAAGAGUAUUUUGUGUCGUUUGAUGAGAUAAUAGUAUGCGGUCCAUAAGAAGUCAGUGUUGUACUUGGAAAAAUCUUAGAAUUCAGGACUAAAGCCCCUGAGUUAAAUUCAUAGACCAGCCCGAGCUAACUGUUUCAAUUCUGACUUUACUUUAGACGUUCAUCAAGGACUGGCAUUUAAUUGUCGCUGGGUUUAUGACUGCUGGAGCUACAUACCUACCCUAGGUUGGGACUUAUGCCUAGCCUCGAGGACAUCAUUAAAAAAUAUUCGACAUGAGCAGGUCAGUUCACUUGUCGCUAACUUUCUCAUACUAGACGUUUCAUGAUAUAACAUAACAUAACUUUUAUGUAAAACGAGUGUUUUUAUGGUUUAGCCAUCAGGCGCAGCAUCAUCAUCAGAAUCAGAUUCCUAAAACUACUUUUCAAGUGAAAUUAGGUUUGUUCACUCUAUCAUUGGUAUAUAGCUCCACAUUAACAAACAGCUCUUUUGCAAACGAAGACAUAGAAAAUCCUCAAAUUUGGCGAUCCGUCAACCUAAACUCCGAAUAAAAAAUAUGAAAUACGCAAGCAAUCAAUUACGGGAUUAUCCGAUCAUCGACAUAUAAUAACCCAACCUCUACUGAACCUCUACUUUUACCCAGCCUUUUCUAACCCAUCUCUACUCCAAGUCAAACACCAUGAACGCAGCCCUGGAAGCUAACAAAUAUUACGAAAUAAUGCAGAAUCAGAUACCAUAAGUGUAAAUACUUCAGUGGUUGUGACUUAAACAUCUUAAAAAUCUUCUCAUUGUAUGAAAAGACAUAUUCCAGAUGAUACAUCAUUUAUUGCUAUUGGUUCGGAUACCAGACACCAUGUAUUUUUGCCUAUCCUCCUUUAAGCGGUUUUCGUGACACCUAAUCUUUAAAAAGCUUAUUUCAAGUAUUGUAAGAAAUCGUCAUUUGCGCCGAACUGAGGCAUUUAGACAUCCGAAUGUACUUCUAAAUUAUUAGAUAGGUACUUUUUCCAAGGAUAUAUACCUAUUUAUAAUGAUUUGGUCUCACGUAUACACAUGGUGAUGCUGAUUUCAAAUAGAUACCUACUUAGAUAUGCACCUUCCAUCGAAAGUAAUUAUAUUUAUAUUAUACAUAUACAUUUAUGUAUUUAAUCUAUUUUGCUAGUGAGAUUUUACAAAAGCUUUUUCAUUCUUUCAGAGCUAUUUUUAAGUAAUCUAUCUAUUUAUUUACUAGUACAAAAUUGAACCAUGUUCAACUCGAUAUUUUAUUUAUAAUUUUUUCAGAACGGUUUACCUUAAACAAACAUGUGUAUUAUACAUUUUCAUACUUUUAUCGUCUUUUGUACACAAUUUUCAAGAUGUGAGCUUAUAAUUUAUACAUUUUUAACGUCUGGUAUGAGGGAAAUUUGGAAAAUAUUGAAUUAAGUGAUGUCAAAUAUGAGACCAAUAAAUGUCAUCACACAAGUGGAAAAUAAAUAAUAUUAACAUAUCGAAACUAAUAUGUAGUUAAAAAGAUACGUUAAGUCCCAAUAUCUCCUCGUACCUCUAUACAUGUAUACUUUUUGGAAACUUCUACAUAUAAUAUACCUAUUUAAGCAGUGGUGAAAGAGUGGGGCUUAUGAUUUAAAAAAUUGUGUAUAGAUCUUAUUGAUUUAUAUGGUGCUAGAGAAUAUUUCAGGCUGUUUUGUCCAGUUGGUAACGGUUUUAACUCUAAAUUUUGAUAUCUAGAGUAAAUUCGGCAUAUAUGGAAUACCAAUUAUUCGUAUAGCGGUAACAUCAAAACUGAAGUGUUUGGAGCUGCAAUAUUUCAUUAAUAAAUAGUUCUAAGUAUCUCCAAGGAGUGGCAGGUGCUAAAUUAAAAAUUAAAUCAUAUUCGAUAAUUUUACGAAAACAUUUUUGUUUUUGUUGGAAAAUAAAAAAUGGAGGGUAAUAUGGAACGAGCAUAUCGGGUAAUAUGGAAUAGACUUAUUAUACGCAAAAAACACUAAAACCAUUUAACUUCAGAACAUCGGUAUACUCGUAUAUAGACUUCGAAGUUGAGUCAUUUAUUUUAACAGUGAGUAGAUCUGAUCAAAAGAAAU